AUGGCAAAUAUCGCGUUCGAAGACCUCUCUGGAGCCUCCACUCCUGUAACAUCCAAUCCAUAUGAUGGAUUGAUCAACGCUUGUCAUGGGGAUCCUAAAUUAAUUCAAGAACGGUACUCGGCUCACCGAGAGGCUAGAAACGCCCAACAACGGGAAAAGAUACUCGGCCCGGAUUUCACCGGCUGGACCUUGGAUGAGUAUCUGAUUAAGUUGGAAGGUCCGCAGAAGGAUGAAACCUUCCAGGAUCCGCGGCAUUGUCUCGUGUUCUGGGGAAGGCCUCCCGCAAAGGUCAGGAACUUGGUCAAAGUGAUCCAGACCAAGCUUCUGGACGCUGCCCCAGAUAUUUGGAUCAUGCCGCCGGACAACCUGCAUAUGACAGUAAUGGAGGUUGCUCAUUCCAAAACUGAAGAGGAGAUCGCCGGUCUGGUGGAUGCUGUAAAGGCCCAUUAUAAAGAUAUUGCCGACUACACAAUGUCGCACCGUGCAAGACUGGUGAAGCCACUGCUCAGUUAUGAUACUGCCGCUCUAGCAUUGAGCUUUGUCCCGGCGGCGGGCGAGACCACUUCGUAUCGUCGCACUGCAAAGGAUGAUGAGUACACGUACCACCACCUCAGGCGAGACACUCAUGCAGCACUUACCGAAGCUGGAAUUCAGGUUGGCUCAAGAUAUGUCGUCCCCUCAGCGCAUCUGACGAUUGCGAGAUUCAAUUCUCCAAACGUCUUUGGCGAGGACCCGCUCGAAAAGAGCGUCACCCUCGAUAUCAAAAAACGGAAACAUUGGAUCAAUGAGCUGGAAUUGAUCAACAAAUGGCUUGAGGUGGAGUACUGGCCCGAAGAAGGGCAUCUUAUCAAGCCCGGUGGUGAGUGGGUGGUGGGCGAAGAGAAAGGCCUUGACUUCCGAAAGGGCACGUUAUGGUACGGCGGUGGUGAGACUGUUUACCUCGGGGAAGGCUUCGUCCACGAGGAAGUCGUUGCAAGUUGA